CAGGUUAACACUUGGUUAACGUUUGACCAGACAGGAUGGGGUUGCUCAGACCACUCUGAAGUCUGAGGAGUGACUCGCUUGAUCUCUCCAGCAAGACUGUGAUCAUGACUCCCAUGGUGCAUCUGUUGUUGCUCCCACUCCUGCUCAGCAUUGCUGCUGGGGCAGAUCUGGAAGAGAGGAAAGGCCCGUUUGAGAACACAGAGCUGGAAGUGCCAGAGGGAACACCGGUGCCCUAUCCCAUCUAUCAGUUUCAAGUGACCCAUUCAGGUGUGAACAACUUCAGGCUGAGUGGAGAGGGCAGGGAGGACAUAAGGAUUUCUAAGGAUGGGUGGCUGUAUCUGGAGCGGCCUCUGGACUGGUCUCGAGAUAGUCAUUACAUCUUACAGGUGGAGGCGUUGGUAGAUGAUGACGUUUUCGAAGAUCCAAUUGAUGUAACAAUUAACGUGUUGGACGUCAACAACAAUGCACCGUUCUUCAACCAGAGCGAGUACACAGCAAUGGUUCGAGAACACAGUCGGGCAGGUGUCCCAUUCACCCGUGUGUUUGCAUCGGAUCGGGACGACCCUGAGACCGUUAACGCUCAACUGAGAUACAGCCUGGUCAGCCAGAUCCCCAGCAAACACCAUACUCUGAUGUUCCAGAUCAACCCCAACACUGGAGAGAUCUCCACCACUGAACAAGGGGAACUGAACCUGAAGGCCCGAGAGGGCAUCCAUUAUGGCAGUGGAGAAGACAUGAGCAUUGAGGCACUGAAGACAAAGUUUUCAGAAUACUGCCCAGUGCAGAAACUCCCCUAUGAAGACAAUCCCUUCUUCACCUGUGUAGAGAGAGCAGAAUUGAGGAGGAGGAAUGUGGACCCCAUGGAAGACCCAGACUACACCCUGAUCGUGCGUGUGGAGGACUUGGAGGGAGCGUCUGAGACAGCGCUCAGUGGAAACACUAGAGUGUUCAUUGUUGUUCAGCAAAACCUGUGGGUCAAUCCUGGACCAAUAACUGUGAAAGAAAACUUAGCUGAUACGUAUCCCCUGGUCAUCACAAAGAUCCAGUCUAAUGAGCAAAACGCCAUCUACAGAUUAGUGCAGAAGGAGCGAGAGCUGAAAUUCCCCUUCCAGAUUAGAGAAAAUGGAGAGAUUCUUCUGACAGAGGAGCUAGAUAGAGAAGACAAAGACAUGUACAUUCUGGUGGUGUUUGCUGAGGAUAACACUGGCAACGAGGUGGAUCCACCCAUGGAGAUUCAGGUUGUGGUAGAGGAUGUGAAUGACAACAAACCAGUGUGUGAUAAUGAGGAGAGUGUCUUUGAGGUGCAGGAGGGGGAGCCUGAAGGUAGCCUCAUAGGACAACUGUUGGCCCAUGACGACGAUGAACCUGGGACGAUGAAUUCUCAGCUGAUUUACACCAUCUUGUCCCAAGAUCCUCCAACUGAACCUAACGUCUUCUCAAUCGAUGCUGCCUCUGGAAAGAUUCAGGCUCUGCGCAUGCUGCAGAGGAAAGAUCAGCAGAUCUUUAAGCUCAAUGUCAGAGUGAACGACCCAGCUUUCAGCGAUGAAUGCAAGGUUGUCAUCAAAGUCAUUGAUGUCAACAAUGAGAUGCCUCUGUUUGAGGAGACUGAUUAUGGCACUCACACUCUGGCUGAAGACACACCUUUGGGACAAACAGUUGUGAGCAUCAGAGCAUCAGACGCUGAUGAUCCCGACAGUGGCAGCUCCUUCAUUGAGUUCCACAUCUCUGAUGGCGAUGAAGAUGGGGUUUUCUCUGUUGAAACAGAUGGUAAAGGCGUUGGACAUCUUGUUAUUGUUAAGCCUUUGGACUUCGAGGCCUCUCCCACCUACAACCUCCAGAUUGAUGCUCGCAACCCAGAGCCGCUGAUGAAAGGUCUGGAGUAUGGGGCCGAAUCCACCGCCUUCGUCUCUGUGUCUGUGACUGACGUCGAUGAGGUUCCAGAGUUCAGCCUGGACAUCCUGGAUUUGACUGUGCCCGAAAACACCACCAAGGGUUCAGUGCUGCUCACUGUGGAGGCGAAGGAUCCAGAGGGCAAAGCAAUCAGUUUUAAGUUGGAUGGUGACACUCGGGGCUGGCUGGCAAUCGAUGCUGCCACAGGAGUGAUCACGACCAAAGACAAGCUGGACAGAGAAACCCUGGAGGCUUUCGACGUCACUGUCACUGCAUUUGAGAAGGCAAAACCAGAAAUGUCUUCUGAGCGUGUCCUGUCUGUGAGGCUGGUGGAUGUGAACGACAACAUCCCCAAACUGUUAGAAAGCCAGGCCUUCAUCUGUAAGCAGAAACCUCAACCUGUCAUCAUCAGGGCCCAGGAUACAGACAGCGCCCCCUUCUCCCAGCCCUUCACUUUCACCUUGGGUAGUGGCAAGAAAUCUCCCAACUGGGCUCUGAAAAUUGUCGACGGUACAACAGCUACACUAUCCCUGCUUAAAAUGCCAACCGAGGAGAAAACUUUCAAACUCCCCAUCAAUAUUAAAGACAAUGCAGGCAUGGGAGUCACACAGUCAUUUGAAGUGAGAGUGUGUAACUGCACAGAGCUGGGUUACUGCUACAUGGCACCAGAUGAGCGCACCUUAAGUUAUGGAAUAGGACCAACCAUCGGGAUCAUUGCUGGCAUUCUGGGAUUCUGCCUGAUUGUCUUCAUCAUAGUGAUCAGACGCAUAAAAAAAGGCAAGAAGAAAACUGAGACUGGAGAAGAGACGGACGGCAUGAUGUAGAGACUACACGCAUACACCACAAACACACAUUCGUAUGUCUUUAUUUGUGAGGACCCUCACAGACAUAUUUCAUGUCUUUUGGACCUUAUAUUUUAAAUGUUGUGCAUAAAAACAACUUUUUAUUAUUUUUCUAAGUUUCUUCUUUUUUCGGUCCAUUAUUUCUGAAAAUCAGAAUUCAUUUUCAUUUUGAAUAAACAAAUAAAUUCAAGUUUAACAAAAACAUUACUAGGGCAGUUACACAAAUGAGGAUUUGACUGUCCAUCAAUGUCUUCCUUUAAAAGUGGAGUUUGGUCUCACUAAGAAAGAUAUACACACACACACAUAUACAGACACACACGUACACACACACACAUUUACUUUAGCUUAUUUUAUUUUAUUUACUAAAGCGGGUGGAGCUUGAUUAAUAAGUGCAGUGUUUAAUAGAACUGUGGUGGCCCCAUGCUAAUCUCACAUUUAUAAAGCUUGAUUGUAAUUUAUUUAAAUUGCUCUCCCUGACUUAUCUGGUUUCAAUGGCAGUUUCAUCAUUUUUAAAUAAUUUGAUUAGAGUUAGUUUUCCUUUUGGCCUACAGCUUGUUUGUUAUUCUCAUCUGCUUCAACCUUGUUAAAUUCUGUGCAAACAGCUUGAAAAGUAUUUAACAUUAUGAAACAUCUGCAACUCAAAACGUCACUGUGUUCAAAAGCUGUCUGAGUGAUGAACAAUCAUAGCUGUGUUUUGUAAUGAGCGAUUACUGCUCUGUUUUCCCAAUAAACAAAGAAAAUAGGAAACACUU